AAUAAAAUAUCAGUGACCUGGGAAUCAUACAUUAUAUCACGCAUAAGAGGAAUCAAAGUAAUGCUCCACAAGCGAGGAUUAAGAAAUUAAUGCUCCUCGAAUUUUGAUAGCAAUUUCAAAGUGCAGUUAAGUUUGCUUGCUAUGAAAAUUUACAGACGUGUGAAAUAUUGCUGCUGCAAGCUGCAAGGUCAUGCAAAGUCAAAGCAUGGAGUAUUGGCGUUUUUCUUGGCUCUUGGAACUGCCUGCAUAUUGUUCCGGGGGCAUUGGAACCUUGUCUAUUUUGACCAGGAACAUUCUGGAACAAAUUCAAGUGCAUUGCAGAUUCCUCUGUUGGGUAAAAUGAACAAGUUUGGCAUCAAGAAUGAAGUUAGGCCUCCUAUCAAACCAUUAAAUAUUGCUGGUCCGAAUAAAACGAUGAUUUUCUACAACAGGAUUUCAAAGUGUGGCUCUACUACGAUAAACAACUUAGUGGAAACUCUUCCCAACGGCAACAAAGUAUACACAGGGUCAAAACGUAUUUGGUCCCGACACAACCGAAAUCAAACCGAUGUUUGUAAGUUCAUUGUGAAUCGUUUGAAUGCCACCGUUGAAGGUGGUAUCAAACACAAGUUCAUCACCACUCACACGGCCUUCUUGGACCCAAGGGAUUGCAGGCUACCCCUCUCCACACUUAUCUACAUAAACCAAUUUCGCCACCCAGUCACCAGGUUUAUUUCGGCGUUUUACUAUUCUCGAUGGAAACGCAAAUCCACAGGAGUGAUUGAUCUGAAAGGCAUUGUUCACGUUCGUGAGAAGCAACGUCGAGAAAGUCAGAAUUUUUAUGCCAUAAACCAACUUUGCGGUUUUGAUGCCAUCUGCACUACUCUUUCUCCUCAAGUGCUACAAAGAGCCAAAUCUAAUGUGGAGUCAUUUUAUCCUGUUAUUGGGAUUUUGGAGGAUCUUGAGAUAUCCUUAAAGCUAUACGAACACUUCUUGCCUCAGAUAUUCACUGGGGCGCAUGAAUAUUACCUGAACCAAGGCAGCCAAAAGGUCAAUAACAAUUCUCAUCCUGAACCAACCGAAAGCGAGUUGGAAUUGCUGGCCAGCCACUUAAAACUGGAUAUUGAAUUCUAUGAAUAUCUCCGACGCCGCUUGCAUCGUCAAGCCAUUAUCGUUGGCAUUGAUGGACCAAUCAUUUAAGACAUUCACAUUCUUGUGUACCUUGGUAUCAACAAUAUUGAUCCCAUUUCCUUGAA